AUGAUAAAUGAAGAUGCUCCUGAGGUCAUACCUGGUGAAAUAAGUACUGGUAUGGCUUUUGGAAGUAUGAAAGCUUAUAAGGAUCAUUUAAGAGAAUAUGCAGUGUUGAAACAUGGGGAUUUUAAGGUGAAGAAAGGAGAUAAAAUCAGACAUUAUUCUUACUGUGCUUACAGGGAUGCCCAAAACUGUGCUUGGAUGGUGAAUGCAAGAAAGGUACCAGAGAAAGAUGAUAUGACAGUCACAGUCAGAGAGUGCAACAUAGAACACACUUGUAAAAAUCCCAAUGAAGACUACAGCAGAAAAUGCAAUGCAAAAUUUGUAGCUAAGUAUUUGUUGAAGACGAUGGAUGUUGCUUCACCAGUGGACAAGGCAGAUGAUAUAGCUAAGAAAAUCAUUAGACCUCAGUUGCAAACUGAAAUACCAAAAUGGGUUGCUCGUCAUGCAAGGAGAUUGGUGCUAGCAGAAAGGGAUGGAACAUUUGAGACUUGUUACAAAAAAACACCACAACUGGUCAUAGCUGCUACCUCAUUGAACCCAAGGAGCAUAGGUCAUUUCAGCUGGUCCAAAGAUGAUAAAGAUAACAGAUUUAAGAGUCUCAUUUUGGGGUAUAAUGCACAGAUAAAAGGUUUUAUGAAUAGUUGUAGAAUGGUUAUUGGGUUAGAUGGAGCUCACCUAACUGGUAAGUUUGGUGGUGUGAUGCUUUCAGCAACAGGUAUAGAUGCUCAGAAUGGGGUAUUUCCUUUAUGUAUGAUGAUUUGUAUGAGUGAAACUGAAGAAAAUUGGUUUAUGAUGUUAAAAGAAUUGAGAAAAAGGAUACCAGAUAUGGCUGGACUGACCUUUAUUUCUGAUAGAAUGAAGGGAAUUCUUGAAUCAGUAAAAAAAUUGUAUCCUUUGUCAAAUCAUAGAUACUGCCUAAGGCACCUAUUCAAGAAUUUCUUGACCAAAGGAUUCAGAAAUCCAAGACUAGCACAGCUUCUUUGGCAGACUGCAAAGGCAUACAAAUAUCAUCAUUGGGAGGAGGCCAUGCAAGAAAUAGCAGAGAUAUCUCCAGAUGCAUACAAAUACCUGAUUGAUGCAGAACCGAAGUCUUGGGCAAGGUCAUGGUUUCCUCAUGAUGUUGCUUGUGAGCACAUCUACUCCAACUUUUCAGAAAGUUUUGACAACAUGGCCCUGAAAUUCAGAGGCAAGCCUCUCACUCAGUUGGUUGAUAUGUACACACAUAUGGUGAUGGUGUUGUUUUCAAAAAGAAGAAAGCUUGCCGCAAUUUGGCAAUCUGGUGACCUUGUUCCUGCUGGUAAAGAUCUCAUUGAGGUAAUGUGCAAUCUUAGAGGUAACUAUGAAUGUGAUCCUUCUGUAGAGCACAAAGUGUAUGAGGUGACCAACAAAGCUACUGGCAAAGUUUUUGUGGUAAAAGUAGAAGAAAAAAAAUGUACAUGUAGACAGUGGCAAUUGAGGCAGUUCCCUUGCUUGCAUGGUGUAGUUGCAUUGUUUAAAUUGAAUCCUAAUUGGUCCAACUACUGCAGUAAGUACUACACUAUUGGUAUCAACAUUAUACAUCCACACAGAUUGAGAGAUAAGGGAAGACCUUGUGUCAAGAGAAAGAAGUCUUGGUAUGAGAAGAACAAGCAGCCCAAAAGAGUAAAAAAGUGCAGUGUAUGUAAAGGUCUUGAUCAUAACAUCCUUACCUGUCAAGGUCCUCCAGUUGGUUCUAAUCCAAAGAAGAAAGGAGUUAGAAUGGAAUGUUCUGUUAAUGGAGAUGAGUUUUGUAUUACUGCUGCACCAACAAAGAAGAUGAGGAAGGCCUUGUCUGCACCAACUACUGCAACAACAUCUGCAUCAAAGACUGCUACUGCUGAUGUACCACCAUUUUCAAAGGGCAAGGCAGCUGCUACUACACCAUCUUCUUCUACAGCUGGUUCCCAGAAAAAGUGUAAGACAACUGCACCAUCCUCCUCCACUGCAGUUGAUGUUGGAUCUAAAAGGAAGGUACCAUCUACUUCUUCUACACCUUCUAGUGCCUGUUUUAACCAGAUUUUUAAUGGUACUGUUAACAUUUCUAGCCAAACAAUCAACAUUACCGAACCAUCAUCAAAAAGGGUUAGAAAGCCUAACUCCAAAUAUCAACAAUAG